AUGGACCUGCGUGGCGUAGUCUUGGCCCACGGCACGCGCCGUACUGCCACGCUUGUCGUGCUGCUGCUUCUCGUCCUUUUCCUCGCGCCAACAGCAAGAGCGCACGAAGGCCACGACGACUCGGAAUCACCGCCGUGCGAGGCGACGGACAACCCCGUGCGGCUGCUGGCGCCGUACGUGCCGGGGACCAUCACGGUGGACGGCGUCACGAGCGACUGGGUGGCAGUGGGCGGGCUGGACCUGCGCCUGCAGCCCGCCAUCAACCCCAAGGCCGCCGCUCCCUACCCCUUCGGCUCUGGCUCCAUGCAAAUCAAGGCAGCGCAUGACGGGCGGGACGUGUUCUUCCUGCUCAAGAUCCCCGGCCCCUACGUGUACAACAACCAGAACCACCACCUGUCCAUAUCAGGAUCGCUCAUGUUUGGCAUUGGGGAUGAUGCCACCUAUUACAAUAUGGGCGGUUGUGCGAACCUGGCGGGGGCGUGCACGGCGGACAACUGUCGCGGGCACGAGGUGGACAUAGUGCACUUCGAGGUGGACACGGCCAUCCCUGGGCGCACGUACGGCCACAACCUCAUGGACCAGAUGGAUGGCACUGGCGCUGAUAGGGUGGGCAAUCUGUAUGACGGGUACGCGUGGAACCCACACUGCCGCCAGUUCGAUGGCCUUGCCACUGCAGGGCUGUCGUCCAACGGCACGGCCAUGAACGACUGGCACGGUGUGUGGACGCACUCCACCGUCAAGAUGGACUACGGGCUGACAGCGGCGGACAGCCCGUUUGCGACGGCGGGCGACGAUGGGUACUUUGUGUUUGAGCUCACUCGCCCACUGCGCACUGCCGACCACUUCCAACAGGACGUGCAGCUGAGGGUGGGGGGAACACACCGAAUGGGAGCAGCAGUAUGGUACCCCUUAGACGGCGCCCCUUGGCACGGCUCGCAGCACUUCCUUGCCUCGUGUGACUGGCUGCAUCUUGAACUGCUGCCUGCCCCCGCGCCCUCAGUGGGGUGGCAGGCAGCGCAGGCGGAGCAGGGUGGUGUGAGCAGCACAGCAGCAGCGGCACUGAGUGGGCUGUCGCUGCUGCUGGCGCUGGCAGCGGUGUUUGUGUCCAUUGUUGUGGGCUGGUGGGUGCGUGCCAAUGCUCGUCAGUUCCAACCCAUGGAUGGGCUCUGA